UCUCAUAAUGGGUGGGGGUUGACAGUGGUGUGGUUAUCAUGCUCGUGCUAUGCCUUUUAUCAUCCGAUUCUUAAUACGAAGGAAAUGAAACGCCGCGACGACGUCUGUGCUGAAGGUUCGUUGGGGCUGCCUCUCCGCUGCAGGCUGUCGUGAUGCUCAAAGCACCUCUGCUCGCUCUUUUCCUUCUCAUGCUACAACCAGGUACAUGUUACGUGAGGCCUAAGAUAUGCGUCAAAGUAGGAGAGAUGGUGACGCUGCACUGUCCUCAUACCGCUAAUUAUAACAGCGAUCUCAAAGUGGUCUGGACCAGUUACUCCCCGCAGGAAGUGGAUCUGACCAGCAUGGCUCGAGCUGAGCAGAGGCACAAAGGUGUGUUGGUUCAUGGAUGGAGCCUCAUUAUUCUCAGUGCAUCUGCAGAGCAUCAUGGGAACUACUCGUGCUCUCUGGGAAAUGCAAGCAGUCAUUUCCUGGUGACGGUGUCCAGACUGUGUAAUACGAGCAUCUAUAAUGAUAGCUGCAAAUUAACACACUGCUGCAAAUUAAACUGUCCUGAAGUAAAUAUGCCAGCCAUAAACACCCCCAACAUUACUAACAAUGGCAUCAUGUGGCGAAAGGGGAAUAGGUCAUUGCCAAACUACGAUAAACUCACUUUUUCAGCCUUUGAAGAGAAGGACGCCGGUGUUUACACCUGUACCAGAUCUUACCUGCAUCAUGGUCAAAUAUAUAAUAUGACCUUCACGCUGACAGUUGAUGUACAACCACAGCCGGAGAAUAAACCAGCAGCGAUCGUUUUCCCACGCGAGAAUGAAGUCUUCCUUGUCGACUUAGGCUCAAACAUGGAGAUUGAGUGUAAAGCUGUGAUCAACGAAUUAGAUGACCUGUGCUGGAUAAUCAAUGGAAACUCAGCAGUGGACGAAAACACUAGCUUACCAGUUUUCGUCAAACGCAAAAAUACAAACAAAAGUGACAAAAACGCUUUGUUGUCUCUGGUCUUCAAAAAAGUGUCAGAGGGCGAUUUGACACAGAAUUACACCUGCAAACUGGAGACCAUCAACCAAUACAGUACCUCUGUCACCAUUCGUCUCCAAAAUGUUCGCCCCUCAUGUGUGCCGCUGGCUGUCAACACUGUGGGCAUCGCGGUGGUGAUGACUGUGACGGUCCUUCUAUAUGUGAAAUUUAAAAUUGACAUCACUCUUUUCUUUAGAGACACUCUUGGCUGCCACAGAGGGGUGUCGGAUGGAAAAAGCUAUGACGCCUUCGUGAUGUGUUACAAGAGCAACACAGACGCAGGACUGAAAGCCGAUGACAGGCGGUGGCUGGAGAUUGUUUUGGAAGAAGAGUUUGGCUACAGACUCUGUCUUCAUGAUCGUGACAUCCAGCUCGGGAAAGCUGUGGCAAACGCAGUGUUAGAGUGCAUAGAGGAAAGCCGGACAGUGGUUUUGGUUCCCACCUCUCUGGAUCCCGGUCUGGGCUCUGGUCUGCUGAGUGCCGUCCAUGAAGCCCUCGUGGAGAGGCAGACACGUUUGAUCUUCAUCAAGAGCGAGGCAACAAAAGAGAUGACGUCAGGUUCCUUACCCGAGGACUUGCAGCUUCUUAGUGAGGCUGGAGACUGUGUUACCUGGAGAGGCAGGAGUUCCUCCUCAUCCUUCUUGAAACGGUUACGCUUUUACCUUCCGGCUUCACCAAAAGAAUUAAAGAUAAGGCUUCUACAGACAUCUAGGACUGAGCUACCCAAAACUUCACAGGUUUGAGGCCACUAAAUGUUUUCCUAAUAAUCUGAGGGCCAUUUCCAGAUUUCAAAGAAUGUGGCACAACAGUGAAGUUAAGAAAAGAAGUUAUUCGAGAAGCCCUGUCUAACAGUGAGUUUUAAUUUAAGCAUCUUUUGAUGUAAAUUUAUUCCACAGAGUAAAGAAUAUUUUGUAUGGUCCAAUUUGCAACACCUUCAAGUCCCACAAGUGGGCCGUGCCCCACAUUUUGGGAAGCACUGAUCCAGGUAGAACCUUUCGUCACGAUAAAACGAUUGGGCAAGUUUUCACAAGUAUUAUAUUCGUCCUCACUAAUCAUCAUAUUUACUGUAUUUACAUUAAUAAAAUGUAAAAUUACAAAAAAAGGAAUGAUAGUUUUUCCAAUCAAAGCAAUACUGUGUAACUUCUGAGGCGUGGCAUACAGAGCCUCAGCCCCAUUUUGUUGCUGAAUCUGUUCAGCAGUAAAGGAUGUCUCGAUAUAAUGAAUCUAAGACGACCUAUAUACUAUAGGUCGUCUUAGAUUCAUUAUAUCGAUUCUAAAGCUGUUAUUUUAAGGCUAAAAAAAGUUUCAUGGAAGGGGGCAAGAUGGAAUUCACACUCGAUGUUCUAUGAUUAAAGAGUGUACAUAUCGUUUAUCAUUUAAAUGCAUUUUAACUUCAUUCCCAAAUCCACAAUGUAUAUUGUACAUGGUCAGACAAUAAUCUUCCCCGUCACCUUCUUGCAGAAAAGCAGAUUCCAAACCUGUGUGAAACCCUGACUUUAUCAGAAAUUCCAUGGAUGCUGAUAAAAAUAAUAAUGAUCAUAAUAAUAAUAAUUAAAUAAAUAAAUAACAAUAAAUAAUUGGGUCAAUUAAGCAACUCAAUAUCAUAGCAACUCUCACUGUUUUAACAUAUUUUCAAUGUUUUUCACAUUUUCUUUUCUUUUCCCCUACAUGGAGUCCCACACCCUGAUGCCCCCCUGUUCCUACCAACAUACAAACAAUAAAAAAAAUGUGUGUAUAUAUGUAUAUAUAUAU